AGAGCCGACUGCAGUCUCUGGCUCUCCCUCCUUCCUGUGAAGAGGUUUCUGUCUCUACUGGAGGGUGCGUGUAUGCGGCGGCGCAAUGGGGCUGAUACACCCCGUCACGCUCACGGCGCUGCUGUGGCCGCCUGUCGCCUACCUUCUGUGUCAGCGCUUCGACCUUCUCGACGCCAUCAACUUGUCCAUGUUUGAGGCUGCCGCCUUCUCCUUCGGCGGCCUGCUCCUGUGGCUGCGCUCUCGCUACCUCGGCACCACGUACCUCAACGAGCGGCAAGCCCGAAAGACAACAUUUCUGCGCGGCGUACGACGGGACGUCGUGCCUCAGAGUCGUGGAGGCGGAGGGGCCUUGUCGUCGUCGCCCUCCCACGAAAAGGGAAAGGAGGAGGAAGAGCAGCCAGCUCCACGUACGGUGGCUCGAUUGGCGCCGGUGCUGCCCGCCUUCAUGGCCUGCUGCUUCUUUCUCCUGAGCUCGUGUUGUGUGAUGUCAGCCGUUGUGCACACCAUCUGGUAUGUUCGCAGCGAAUACCCCGUGCCGUGA